AUGGGGGGCGUGACAAUUCGUCUGAUGGGUAUGGGAUUUGGUCGGAGGAAAGGUGGGUGGCUCUUCUUCUUGGACCACUGGGUGGCCUCGCUUGAGGAGGCCGGCCGGGUCUCCGCCGCCCGCAUUAACACCGCCGAUCAGAGGAUCCAGUUCACCUCAGAACAACAACAGCAGCUUGAUAGGAAACUCAGGAAAUCAAAUCCUGCAGCUUUACCCAUCCACAAACCCAUCACACGAUCCCAAACCCAGGCCCACAACAACUUGGUAUCAGAUCCAAGUUCUGAAGAGAUGGAGCAAAGGAUUGAGCGAGUGGAGAAGGAGAUAGGAGCCAUGGACGAUCGGAUGCAGAAGGAGAUGGAGAAGAUGCUCGAUACCCAGAAACGUAUGGAGGAGAUGUUGAGUGCAUUGCUCUCCAAAAGUCAGAGUCAUCGAGAGGAAGAUCAGACCAAUGCAGCGAGUUCAUCCAGGGGCCGAGCGGGCAAGGAUUCCAAUCGGACGGAAUCUGGAAGUUCCUUCCCGAAGGUUGCAAAGCUGAAUUUCCCCAAAUAUGACGGCACCGAAGACCCAACCAGUUGGGUGUGCCGCGCAGAGCAGUUUUUUGAAUUUCAAAAUACUGCGGAAGAAGACAGGGUAAGUCUGGCGGCUUACCACCUUGAGGGCGAAGCGCAACUCUGGUACCAGCUCUUCAAGGAAACAGAGGAAGCGGCCUCAUGGGAAAGUUUGAAGGACGGCCUGCAUGUGAGGUAUGGACCGACCCAGUUUGAAGAUUUCUUUGGGGAUCUUACAAAACUACGCCAAACUGGGACGGUGCGAGAAUAUCAAGGGCAGUACGAACGCUUGUUGAGCAGGGCGGGUCGACUUUUGGUCGCGCAACAAGUAGGGGGAUUUAUAAGCGGCCUCAAGGAGAGCAUUAGGCCGGAGGUCCAAGCUUCCCGACCAACCAGCCUGACCGCGGCAGUUGGGCUUGCCAGGCUGUAUGAAGGACGGCUGAUGUCUCAACGAAGGAGUCCCCAACUCUUCGAACCACGGAGGAGUGCUGGUCAGCCGAGCAUACCACCCUUACCAUCAGCCAAUCUGGUGCGGAAUCGGACGCCAGUAAUCCGGAAACUGAGCCCAGCAGAAUUAAAAGACCGAAGGGAAAGGGGCCUUUGCUUCAAUUGCAAUGAUAAGUUCUCACCAAGCCAUAGAUGUAAGAAGCUAUUCCUGAUUGAAGGUAUUUAUGAGGAAGCUGAAAUCACAGACCCGACAGAAAACGAGGAAGCAGGGGAGGAGGAGGAAUUUGAGAUUCCGGAGAUUUCCCUUCACGCCAUUUUCGGAGUACCCAACCCUCAAACCAUGCGUAUCUCUGGUACCAUCAGGAAGGCGCGGGUAAUUUUGUUAGCAGAUACGGGAAGCACGCAUAAUUUCCUUAACACAAGGUUGGCGGAAAGAUUGGGGUUGGUGCCCGACAAACACACGGCUUUUGAAGUAAUAGUGGCAAAUGGGGAGAGGCUAUUGAGCAGAGGGAAGUAUUCAGCCGUACCCGUUUUCCUAGAAGGAACUUGUUUUAUACUUGAGUUUUUUCUCAUUGAUCUUCAGGGGUAUGAUUCCGUUCUCGGAGCACAGUGGCUCAAGACAUUGGGUCCCAUCCUUUGGGAUUUUGCCUCCCUGCUCAUGAGUUUCACGUGGCAAGGAAGAAGGGUGACUCUGACCGGUAUUAACUGCCCCAGAAACAGAGUGUUGGACGGGUCAAAAAUGCAAAGGGAACUUCGCCGUAGUUCCGAGGGUAUUUUACUGCAACUACUGGCGGUGGAGUUGGGGGUGGAGCAACACUGUCCGAGCAUUAACAACCCGGACUUACUGCAGCUGUUGCAGGAAUUCCAGGGGCUCUUUGAGGAACCGCAUGGUCUUCCUCCCGCGCGUCCACAUGACCACAGAAUCCCCCUCAUACAGGGUUUUCCUCCUGUCAAUGUGCGACCCUAUAGGUACCCUCAUUACCAAAAGAAUGAGAUCGAAAAGAUUGUGGUGGGAUUACUCAAUACAGGGGAAAUUCGGCCUAGUACCAGCCCUUAUUCCUCCCCUGUGCUGCUGGUCAAGAAGCACGAUGGUUCGUGGCGACUGUGUGUAGAUUACCGAGCCCUUAACCGAGUUACAAUUAAAGACAAGUUCCCCAUUCCUGUGGUAGACGAGCUGCUGGAUGAGCUACAAGGGGCCAAGUAUUUCUCCAAACUUGACCUCCGUUCCGGGUAUCACCAAAUAAGAAUGCAGCAGCAAGACAUAGAGAAGACGGCUUUUCGCACGCAUCAUGGACACUUUGAGUUUCUAGUCAUGCCAUUUGUCCUCACGAAUGCCCCUUCAACAUUCCAAUCAUUGAUGAACGAUAUUUUCAGCAGCCUCUUGCGUAAGUUUGUUCUUGUCUUUUUUGAUGACAUCCUAAUAUGUAGCAAGAAUUGGACAGAACACUUACAACACCUCUCUGCUGUUUUGGGGCUUUUGAGAGCUAACCACUUGUAUGUAAGGAAAGAAAAAUGCAGUUUUGGGCAGCAGUGGGUGAAGUAUUUGGGCCAUGUGAUUGAUAGGGAGGGUGUGGCCGUAGACCCCGAUAAAAUUCAGGCAAUGUUGGCGUGGCCAAAACCCCACUCCCUUAAGGCACUUCGAGGCUUUCUCGGCCUCACGGGUUACUACCGUAAAUUUAUCGAGCAUUAUGGCAGCAUUGCUCGACCGUUGACACAGCUCCUAAAAAAGGAUGCCUGGGGGGUGGAACAAAGAGGCUGA